AUGUAUAGCAACCGCUCCCAUCCGCUCCUCGAGCAGGUGCCCCUGACCGUCUCCCCAUUCAUCUCCCUCCCCGCCGCAACAACCCUCUCCUACAACUACAAGGCGAUGCCCUCAGCCCUCCCUCCCUCAGCAACAGGCGUACCCGCCGCCGUCAUCGACGACGCAGCAGCCGCGACAGGGAGUGGCGAUACCUCCGCAAACAAACCCAAGUAUGUUAUCUCGCAGUCGGGACACGCUGCCCACCCGGAUGAUAUCAUCGCCUCGUGUCGUGCGCUACAAGCACACAUCACGAAGAUGCAGGAGGACGCUGAGCGUGAUCUGCGGGACCUCGAAUUCAGGAUAAAGGAGCGAGAGCUGGCUGAGAAGAGGAGGGUCGCACCCGGCUGGCUCGACAGCGAAGCCCGGAUACUCGAGCCGGAAAAGGUGGGCGGGUCAGCCGAGGGGGAGGAGGCGGCGCAGCAGACGUCGGCGAUAGCGGGGACCAGCGAGAUGCCGCUGAACGACCAAGGCGCGGAGCUGGACCGGGUGUUUGGUGGUUUGAGCAUGAAGUGA